AUGCCGUCUAACUUUAAUGAAAGGGAUUCUUUUUACAUCUUUAACCACGUGGACAUCACCAUCUAUUACCAUAUUGUGGAGCAUGAGCAACUCGGGGCACGAUUGGUUGCUGCCAAGAUUGAACCCAAAAGCUAUGAACACCCUAACGAUCAAAGCCCUGAUUGCUCUGGGGGCCCAAAGUUCCUGAAAAACAAACACACAGGGAUGUUCAAGAUCACGUACACCUACUCUGUUAACUUUGUGGAAGACAAGACUAUUCGCUGGGCAUCUCGAUGGGACUACAUCCUGGAGUCAAUGCCUCACACUAACAUCCAGUGGUUCAGCAUAAUGAACUCCUUGGUUAUUGUGUUGUUCCUGUCUGGAAUGGUGGCCAUGAUCAUGUUGAGGACUCUCCAUAAAGAUAUCGCCAGAUAUAAUCAGAUGGACUCUGUGGAAGAUGCUCAGGAGGAGUUUGGGUGGAAGCUAGUCAUGGAGAUGUUUUUCGACCUCCCAGGAAGGGGAUGCUGCUAUCAGUUUUCCUCGGCUCUGGAACCCAGAUCUUCAUUAUGA